GACUUUGGGAUGUGGCUAUUUUCUGUCAUAAGUUAUUUUGUCAAACUGUGACAACAACAUUUACAGUUGCCUUUACAGGCUAAAAGAUACUUGAUGGUGUGAGUGAACCCAAAAAGUAACCUGAGUGGUCUCCUUUUUCAUUUAACAGAACCCUUAAAAAUGUCCAACUCUGCUAAUCUAACACAGAUUUUGGAAGAUGCAUUUAAGAAGAUCUUCAUAAACUACAUGAAUGAGUGGCGCCAGAAUGAAACUAUUAACCAGAAAUAUGUGAAAAACAGACUGGCAGCCGAGAAUUUCGACAAUGUUAUUUGGUACCUGAUGGUUAUGAUUGGGAUGUUCUCCUUUAUAAUUGUGGCAAUUCUGGUGAGCACCGUGAAGUCAAAGCGAAGAGAACACUCUGAUGACCCUUAUCACAAAUACAUCGAGGAGGACUGGAAUGCCAAGCUUAAAAUCCAGAUAUUAAACAUGGACUACAUUCAGGAAAACCUUGGGGCAAAAUCAUAUGCUGAACCCUGCUCACCAUAA